UGCUCACGCUAGAUGGGAGAUUUGGUUUUAUUUGUGUGAGGAUAUAAGUGUGAACGAUUGAUAACUCGCUUAGUCCUUCUGUAAAAUAAUGUUCCUCUUUUCUCCCACAUUCAUCUUAUUGACCUUGGCUACAAUCCUACUGAACAGUUCAGCAAGCCAGGCACUACCUCCUGAUUUCGCUGGCCCGAUUCCCAACGUCACUACAGCCGUUAGCCGGGAUGCAGUUCUAGAAUGCUUUGUGGAAAAUCUUGGAAUGUAUAAGGUGGCCUGGAUAAAGAUGAACACCCAGACUCUGUUGACGAUAGAUAUGAAUGUUAUUACACGGGAUCCUAGGAUAAAAGUCAGUAACAACAAUAUCCGGCAGUGGUUUCUACACAUCAAGAAAGUCAAGGAAGAGGAUCGAGGCUACUACAUGUGUCAAAUUAACACUGAACCAAUGAUUAGCAUCACUGGGUAUCUAGACGUCAUGGUACCGCCUACUAUUAUCGAAGACGGGACGAGUUCAGAUACUAUUGCGGACGAGAUGUCUAAAGUAAGUCUUCGUUGCCAAGCAACUGGUUAUCCAACGCCCAAAAUAUUCUGGAGGCGGGAGGACCAGAAAGACAUCAGUGUAGUGUCAUACACAGGCCGCAGGUUCUCAGUUUCCAAGGUAGAAGGCGAAUACCUUAACAUCAGUCAGAUUACACGGGAAGAGAUGGGUGCUUAUUUGUGUAUAGCCACGAACGGUAUUCCGCCUUCUGUAAGCAAGAGGAUCAUGCUCGAAGUGAACUUUCGUCCUAAGAUACGGGUUCCAAAUCAGCUAGUAGGAGCAACUGUUGGCAGCCAGGUGAUUUUAAAGUGCAAUGUGCAGGCGUGGCCACGUCCUCUGACGUCCUGGGUUAGACAUAAGGGAGUUAUCAUUAUUAACAGCAACAUGUACCAUUUAAUCGAGGAAAACGAUUCUUAUAACACUUACAUGAGUUUAAAAAUAAAACACGUGUCAGAAGCCGAUUUUGGGUCGUACAAAUGUGUUGCUAGAAAUAGUUUUGGUGAGAAAGAAGGGUUUAUUCGACUUUAUGAGGAAAUUUUAUCGACGCCAAAACCAUACAUGCUAAGAUCUACAUUCAUGGCGCCCAUCCCGUUCCCAAAAGAACUCCACAACGAUGAUAACGACAGUACACUUAGCCCAAGAUUACACUAUGGACAUCCAACCAGUAACUCUUUAAUGGAUGAUUACAAAGACCUUCGGGCAGAACACACUCGACUUGAGGAUGCUCAGAAGAAUCAAGAUGGCCGAACGGAGGAAAGAUCUCUACAUAGAUCUAAUUCGAAUAAUACUUCUUGUGCUACGCGAUUUCACCUACCAGGCUCUACUGUACAGUGGCUGUGUUUCAUCGUGAAUACAGUCCUGGUACAACUUUGCUGCUGAAAUCUUUAUUUCUAGAUGUUACCAGCAGGAAUAUGCUGGACCUGACACUAAAUGCGGCUUAGGCCAUCAUGAGACUGACAAUAACAUACUUUCAGCAUCAGACCGUAUUCUCAAAAGAUGAACAUAACAGUUUCGCUGAAGAUAUUUCUCGUGAGAACAGAAAAGUACUGUACAACUUCAAGUCACUGGUUACAACCUCCUAACGUGCCAAUUAUACACUUGUAUAAUCACCUAUUUUAACGCUUUGAAACUUACUUCUGUAAAAAAACGCUUAGUCAAAUAUAUUUCAUAGUCAUUAUAUGUUAACAGAAAUAGCAAAUAAACAACUUAAGUAUGGUUAAGGAUUCCUAAUUUCAUUACAAUUGUAUUUUGAAAUUGUGUAUAACUUAAACUUCUUCAAAGGAGUUAAAUGCUUUGAAAAUGUAAAUUAAGAAGGAAUAUGAAAAUAUGUGUGACAUGUACAAGUAUAUUAGGUGACUAGAACCUAUUGUUUGAUAUAUAACAACUAAAGGUCAAGGUAAAUCCAAGUUUAGUUAUAAGCGUAUGCUCUAAAGUGAGUAUUAUUGUAACGCUUUCCGCAUUCUAAGAGUAACGCAAUUCUUUGAGAAUUUUAAGGAACAGGGAGGAAACUAUGGGUUUUAACUGUUAGUUUCACUCGAAAUAUUUGAUGUAUUAAACCAGUAUAUUAUUGUGUCAUUGCAUUUAAUUCAACUUUACCCUUUACUGUUUGAUUAUCGAACUGCUCCCAAAUCAUAAAGAACGUCUCACAGAAAAUCUUACAAAGAAAUCAAAAUUCAAGCAUAGAAAAACAAAAUGAAAAAGGCUUAUGAUUACAGAAUUAAAACACUUUUUGGAAGUUACUUUUAGAGUGUAUGUAUGUCAGGUUUUCUAUUUACGAAAGUAAGAAGGAUAAAAAAGCUGUACUGGGUAAAUAAAUAAAAUGAGUUUAGACAAACCAAACUAGGGAGGAAAACCCGUGUUGGAAGUGUGCUGGGAUCAAACAGUUUUUAAUCUCAGUCUCCCCUUUUUGUAUUCACCCUUCUUCUGUAUUGUUGUUUGAAACGAUUAUGUAAAUAUGUAAUAAACUGAACAUGGUAUGACAGAGAAGUCAUCUGAAUCCAGCUGUAGCGCUAGUUAUCGUGUUACAUAUUAUCUAUCGCCUUGUAAUUGAAACUUAUAACAUAUCCAUAUUAUUUUCAGCCACUGAUAGCAAAUAGAAAGCUGAAAUUGUGCAAAUUGUGGAAGGAAACAUCUUCAUUAUCGUAGAAGAUCAUGACUGAGUGGCUGUAGAGUACAUUAAGGGUUACAAUAAAAUAUUUAGAUAGCAGUGCAUUGGGUAUUAAAAUAAUGAUUUUAUUAUCG